GUCCUCCCUCCCCCCGUCCCCCGCAAGGGCUUCGUCUCGUCUCCGGCGACUCGCCGCGGCUGGCUGGCUGGUUCCUGCAGUUCCGCUGAGCAAGGCUGGGGCGGUUGAGAAUCUGUGGGUGUUCUGCGUGUUUGUAAGAUGAGAAGAUUCUUUUUCUUCGGAUCCUCUGCUGCAAACACUGGGAAUGGUGGUGGAACACCGGGUGAUGAUGAUACCAGGAGUAAGAAGAAGACAUUGCACGGAGAUGGGAGCAACGGCAGUUCCAGCUCCGGUUCCAAUUCCCCUGCCACAAGGGUGUGUAGGUCAAGGAGCCGGCGCGGAAAACUAAAAAAUGAGGAACCAUCUCAUCCGAAGCAGCUCAGGAGGUCUAUGUCCUUCUCAUCACCAGCCGGUGACAACUGCUUCAAGGAUCGGAGUUUCAGCUUCUCGGGUGAUAUCCCGCGUUCUCUAUUCAAUGAAUCCGAUGUGCCCAAUCACGCUGGAGAUGCCAACUGCUAUGCAUGGUCACCUGAAAGGCGUCCAGUCUCAAGAGAAUACAAAAUAAAGGUUCCGAAAGCACAGUCAGUCCUGCAAAAUGAUUCUCCUGGUUCAAGAUGCUAUUCAUGCUCAACAGGGCACUCUCCUGUUAGCUCCCCCAUUGCCAUUCGAUGCAGGUCAACAAGACUAACCAAUUUAUUGAGCAAUAAUGAAGUUCUAGAUCGAUACAUUGAUGGAGAGCAGGAAGCCACUAUCCUCAGUGAGAGACAGAAGCAGUACUCUCCCACCAGAUCUGUGAUUUCGAAUUUGGGAAGGCCACCUCGACCGCAGUCUACAGUACCAUCUGUGCCAAGACUAACAAAAGAGAUCCCUGAGACUUACCCAUCUGAGGAUGUAAAGGAUGGCCAUCUCCACCAACUAGCUCAAGAGGAUACAAGAGAAACUUGCAAGAUAACAACACUGUGCAAUGCAAGUAGAAACCAUGCAGUUCUGCCAGAUGCUUUUGAGAGAUUUUCACAUUUAGAAGAUUACAAGUCGGAACGUGUUACAUCCGUUGAAGAUAUAUAUGAAGAUAUGCAAGAGAUGCAACCUCCAGAUUUUAUUUUCUCCUCCUCUGAACCUAUUUCAGCAGAUGAUGCAGAAACUGAUGGCAGGUUGCUCCAAAGGUCAAAAGAGGUUGAGGCCAAGUUCAUAGCCCCUUCUGAAGAAACUUAUGAGCUUAACAUGUCCAAAUAUAAGAGGCUAAGUGCAAAUGACAUGCUUCAGAUGAUCCAAUGUUUGACUGAAGAUAGGAGACAGUUAGCAUAUGAACUGUCUUCACAGAUUAAGGCACGCCUUACAGAAAGGUUUGCUGCCAAAGAGCAAUUUAGACAAACAAAGAAAGAAUUGGAUAUCAGAACUAGAAGGCUAGAGAAGGAGAAGAGCGACGUGCAAAUUACUUUGGAGAAAGAGAUGGAUAGAAGAUCAGACGAUUGGUCAGUUAAACUAUCAAGAUUUCAGUGCGAGGAAGAGAGAUUACGUGACCGGGUGAGAGAACUUGCGGAGCAGAAUGUCUCCUUUCAGCGAGAGGUUACUUUUCUUGAAGCAAAAAGGGUUGAUGCUUCUGAUAAGGUUUCUUGCUUGGAAAUGGAAAUCAAAAAGCUAAACGAUGAGCUAGAGAAAGUCAGAAACGACCAUGACAAUCUCCAGAAGUCCUCUGUAGACUUGCAUGCUCGUUUUACUAAAGUUGUAGAGGAAAAAGAUCAUCUCAGGGAAUUCUUUGAAGAUAAAGAUGGUGAGAACAAAGCGUUGUAUAAAGUGAUUGCAAGGUUACAAACCAUAUGCAAUGAACAAGAAAGAACGAUAAGUGGCUUGAGACAGGGAUACAUUGCUGAAUUAGAUAAGAAAUCUGUUGAGUGCGGUAAUGAGAAAAAGAGUAGAAUGAAAAUGGAACUUAUUAGACUGACAGGAGUUGAGCAGAAGUUAAGAGGUGAAGUUCAAUCUUGUCAUCUUGAGGUAGAGUCUCUCAGGCAAGAGAACAUCACACUCUUAAAUCGCAUACAAAAUGCUGGAAAUGGACCGCGCUUGUCCUCAAUUCGUCUUGAUCAGGAGCUACAGGCCAGAGUGGAUAACUUGCAGACACAUGGUUUGUCAUUGCUUGAUAAGACUAGCCAACUAUGCAUCAAAUUGUUGGACCUAAUGAAAUGCAAAAGGCGUGAAAAUGAAGUUGACAAUGGCAUUGCUGCAUUAACAGUCACUGACUACACUUUGGAGUUCCAGAGCAUCAAAGGACGAAUCCAGAAUCUAAAACAGAGUUUGUGGACUAUCAAUUCUAUACUCACUGAAAAGGAAACUACAAAGGAAGGUUCUGGAGAGAUUGUAGUUGGAAGUAGUGUUUCCAGGGAGCAUAAGGAUGGGCGUUUACCUCUGGAUAAUCCUGAACUCAAGCUGAAAGAAGAAGCAAUGCUCAAUAGAGUACUAAAGGAGGCGAUCCUUUCGAAGGAAUUUCAUAUUGAACAAUUAGAGUCAGAUCUGGCAUCUUCGCUUCGUGGGCAGGACGUCAUGAGAAAUGAGAUCCAGAGAGUUCAGGAUGAGCUAUCUUGCAUGAACCACAAAGCUAAGCACUUGGAGAUUCAGGGUUUGAAGAAAGACGAAACCAUCAGUCAGGCCCAGCUGGAUUUCCAAGAAUCUGCAAAGGAGCUUAGUUCCCUUAGAGGAACGCUAAAAACAGUAACUGAUGAGAGGGACCUUUUGUGGCAGGAAGCAAAGCAGAUGAGAAAAACCAUCACCGCCAUGCAAAAUGAGACUUCCUCGCUAAAGAAGAAGAUCGAAGCUCUCGAGGAAGACAUACUUGUUAAGGAGGGCCAGAUUUCAAUACUACAAGAUAAUAUCAGCAAUCCUCAACUUGAUUUUAUCUGCAGCCCUAGAUCAAUGAAGGAAUUUGACAUGGAUGAAAACUGCACAGAGAAAAGGUUUUAGAACAGAAACUGUCAGAUAGUCUCAAAUAGUUUAUACCUCUGAAGAUAAAGAUAGAUGCUUGUGAAUAUAGUGUUCAUAUGCUUCUACAACAUCUUCAUUACACAAUACGGAUAUAUUCUGAAACUCAUUACCCAGUUUAUUCGUUUUCUAAAGCUUGUGCUGUUGUGCACUUCCAUCUCAAUUUCUGAAGCUUGGACAAUUGUUCCUUUUCUCUCUUUGUUUUCGCUAUUUUGUUCAUGCCAUUUCAUGAAUCCGGAAGUUGCGGCCAAUUAUGGCUUGGUUCCACUAUCAAUGUGUUCUUGUUUUUAUCAAACUGAGUGAGAGGCUUUGUGAUAUACUCCAACCCGGCCAAAAAAAAAGGCUGUGAUAUA